UGACGGUGUGACGUCAUCAGCGUGCGCGCGCGCGCGCGGGCUCCCGCGUCUGUUGCGGUCAGAUCAAGAGAGGUCAUCCACAUGUCACAAUGUUAUAAAGAUGGCGUUUAUUAAAGAGGAGAAAGAAGAAGUGAAGAUUGAAGAAACAUUCAGAGUCAAACAUGAAGAGACGGAGGAACAAACAGAUCUGUUGUCGCUGAACAAGGAGAGCCAAGAACUGAAUGAAAUAAAACAUGAUUUCAUGAAAUUAGAAAAAGUCUUACACACUGAAAAUACUUCCUCUCCAAAUAGAGCUCAGAAAACCAAAUGGAACAAUUAUUUCACCUGCCAAGAGUGUGGAAAGAGAUUCACUCAAAAAGGAAAACUUGAAAAACACAUGGAAAUUCACUCUGGAGAGAAGCCGUUCACCUGCCAAGAGUGUGGAAAGAGCUUCAACCAAAACAUACACCUACAAACACACAUGAUAGAUCACAACAAAGAGAAGCCAUUCACCUGCCCAGAGUGUGGAAGGUGUUUUAAUCAUAAACAUAACCUUAAAGUCCACAUGAUAAUUCACUUUGGAGAGAAGCCUUUCAUCUGCCAAAAGUGUGGAAAGAGCUUCAGCCAAACCCUAUACCUACAAACACACAUGCUAGUUCACAACAAAGAGAAGCCAUUCGCCUGCCAAGAGUGUGGAAGUAGUUUUAAUUAUAAACAUAACCUCAAAGCCCACAUGAGAAUUCAUUCUGGAGAGAAGACGUUCACCUGCAAACAGUGUGGAAAGAGCUUCAACCAAAACAUACACCUUAAAACACACAUGCUAGUUCACGACAAAGAGAAGACAUUCACCUGCCAAGAGUGUGGAAGGAGUUUUAAUCAUAAACAUAACCUCAAAGCCCACAUGAGAAUUCAUUCUGGAGAGAAGACGUUCACCUGCAAACAGUGUGGAAAGAGCUUCAACCAAAACAUACACCUUAAAACACACAUGCUAGUUCACAAUGAAGAGAAGCCAUUCACCUGCCAAGAGUGUGGAAGGUGUUUUAAUCAUAAACAUAACCUCAAAGCCCACAUGAGAAUUCACACUGGAGAGAAGCCUUACACGUGUGAUAAAUGUGGAAAGAGUUUCACUCAUAAGUAUAGCUGUGACGUCCACAUGAGAAUUCACACUGGAGAGAAGCCUUACAAAUGUGUUCAGUGCGGAAAUGGUUUCAGCUCUAAAGGAAACUUUAUUGCCCACAUGAGAGUUCACACUGGAGAAAAACCAUACACAUGUCAGUGUGGAAAAAGUUUCAAACAGAAAAUAACACUUCAAAAUCACAUGAGAGUUCACACUGGAGAGAAGCUUUUCCCGUGUCUUCAGUGUGAGAAGAGAUUCACUUAUAAAAAAGACUUGAAGCGUCAUUUGCAAACACAUUUUAGCAAGAAAUAGAGGGGUUCUGAGUUUUAAAAGUUUACAUAAAGGAGCAAUUUCAAAAAUCACCAGGACAUUCUCUUUGGAGGAAGGUGAUUUAAUCAAGAUCAGUGUAAUAAUAUCUUUUGCCAUCAAAAUUACAAAUUCAUAUGAAAAGUCAUGCAGAUGUGAGACCAUAUUUGUGUUCUUUGGAAAGUGUUUUAAAUGGUUCGGUAGCAUAAAAUAUGUAUUUAUGUGAAAUCAAGGCUGCGUUCACAGCGCAGCUUUAAUGUUUCCCAAAUCUGAUUUUCCACUAUCAUGACUAUUUGCAUUAUUUUAUCUCUUUAUAAUUUGUGUAAUUUUGCCUGAUUUUAUUAUAUAUAAAUGUGAACCGCUAUGGCUGCACCCGACUAUUUUAUUUGCUGUAGUUCAGUGCUUCUCAAACCCUUUGUUGGCCCAAUGUACACCUUUGAGAAUAUAUAUUUUUUUCAUAAUAGAGUGUUUAUCUUACACUGAACAACAAUUGUUACAUUUUUACAAUAUUAUUAUUGACUUGGUACCCAAGUGCUGGAACUUUUGCCAGCAUUGAGUUGGAAUAAACAAGAUGUAAUAAAAUCCUUAAUGAAA